AUGCUGUUUAAAGACAGCUCCGUCGAAGAUCAACGCCGGGCAAUGGCCCAAGCCGAGGCCGCCGGUCUCGAGCUGCUCGGCCCUUGUCCACCUCAUCUAGGCGAAGCUUGGAUCGACAUCCCGCUACCAGAUGGACAAGUGAACCGCACGAAAGUCGUUUGGCCAAAGGUAGUCGAAGGCCAGCCUUCGCCUCUGCAAGCUUCUCUUAUCGUAUACUUUCACGGGGGCGGUUUCGCCGUCGGCAGCCCAGACAUCGUCCUCGCACCCGCUCGAGGCUUCGCAUCCAUGUUUCCAACUGUCGUCGCCUGCCCGUCCCUCAAUCAACUCCCGGAGCAACCAUUCCCAGCGCCCGUACAAAUUGCCUGGGAAGUCUGCGCUUGGCUUUCUCAUGCGAAGCACUUGAACGGCGGAAUAUUGGAAGCCGAGGAUGUCAAAGUUGACCUGCAGCGUGGCUUUGUUAUUGGCGGUCUCAGCGCGGGCGGCGGUGCCGCUGCAAGUAUCGGUGGGAUAUCCGCGGCGAUUUCGGCCGGGCUGGGUGGCUUCGAUGGUCUCAGCCCCUUGAGAAGUCCCAUCACGGCGAUCUUCUCGGGCAUCCCGAUGCUCGCCACCGAGACGAUGCUGCCGCCGCGUUACAGGGAGAUGUUCAAGUCCCGUGAGGAGAACGGCGACGGUACCGGCCAGACCAGUGCAAUGGUCCGAGAACUCGAGGAGCUACUCGGCACUGCCGUCAAUACACCAUGGUUCUCGCCCAUUCACCUGGACCCAUCAAACCCGGCAAUUGCCAAGAACCAUCCGCCCAAGGUCUUCACCUAUUACACGACACUCGAUCCGUUUCGCGACGAUUGCCUGAUCUACAACAAAUGGCUUUCGGAAUUGCCGGGCGUUGAGUCUCGAACUUCGGCGGUCGAGAAUGAAAGCCACACAGCGUGGGUGUCGCUGCCGAGGCCAGAGUGUCAUAGUCGGAGGAUUAAAAAGGUCACACUCGACGGUCUUUCUUGGCUGCUUAAUGGUAGUUGGGACAAGGAGAGAUCAGAUUUGCCUAAUUAG